UUUAAGAAAAAUAAAUUAGUUCAUCCCCAUCACAUUUGUGUAAUUUAUAUUUAAAAAUAUGUGUAUUUAUACGAACUUAAACGAAAAAAACAAAAAUGUUUAAUAACGCAGAUCUUUAUUUCGAGGAUAGUUAUAAUGUGGAGCCGCGUGUUAGCCUUAUUCGCCAGAGGCGUUUCAUUAGAAAUUACUCCAAUCCUAUGGAGCUGCCGGCCGCAGCAUUCAUAGCGAACUUUCGGCUAAAUAAGGAAGCAUUUAUGUUUGUGCUGGACAAAAUUAAGAACAAAUUUCAUUGCCACCUGUCAUCUUCCAUAACGCCAAUGCUAAAAUUGUGUUGCGCUCUAAGAUUUUUCGCACAUGGCAGUUACCAACAAACUGUGGAGAAUGAAUUUCAAUUGGGUCUUGCCCAGCCCACAGUUUCGCUUAUUUUGAAGGAGAUACUACCUAUUUUAGAAAGUGAAAUUUGCAGUGCUUUGAUAAGCACAGAAAUGACUGAAGAAGAGAAACAACAAGCAAAAAGCAAAUAUUUCUCCAGAUCGGGAAUACCAAAUGUGAUUGGCUGCGUUCAUGGAAUGCAUAUUGCGAUUUGUGCCCCUAAUGCAAACAAACAUCUGUAUCUGAAUAGAAAAGGGGUUUUCAGCAUAAAUGCGUUGAUUGCUUGCGAUCAUGAUCGGAACAUUCGGUUUGUGGAUGCGAGAUUUCCUGGUUCCACGCACGAUUCGUUCGUGUGGAAUAAUAGCUCGUUAAAAUCAUAUUUGGAGAACAUGCAUCAAACCGGAGAUCACAACUCUAUUUAUUUAGGUGAUUCUGGAUUUCCACUCAGCCCUUAUUUACUGACGCCCUUCCGCCAAGCGGAAUCUGGAACUAGAGAAUCAAGUUUCAACGAGAAGCACGCCAAAGCUAUAAACGUUGUUGAACGUACGAUUGGAGUUUUGAAAUGUCGCUUUCGAUGUCUCUUGAGUGAUCGAAAAAUGCGUUACGAUCCUGCUAAAGUAACAUCAAUUAUAAACAUAUGCAGCGCUUUACACAAUGUUUGUAAGAAAUUUAGAAUCAGUGAUCCCGAGGAAGCUGAAAUUUUGACUGACUCCUUUGUGCCAUCGGACCCAAUUAAUGAAAAUGCCAUUGAUACACCAGGAGAGCGCCGUAGAAGACAAAUAGCUGAUGCUUUGUUGUAGAAUGAAUUAUUGAAUAAAUUCAAUUUACCGUA